UUUUUCUUCAUAAACUCCAUGACUUUAAAAUGUGCCGUUCAACUAGGCAUACCAGAUGUGAUCCAAAAACAUGGCAAACCCAUGACCCUCUCGGAGCUUGUUUCUGCCUUACCGAUCCACCCAUCAAAAGCUCAAUAUGUCCACUGCCUUAUGCGUAUUCUCGUGCACUCCGGUUUCUUUUCCCAGCAAAAUCUUAAUGGCAUUCACAACCAAGAAGCAUAUUCCCUUACCCCAUUCCACUCGUCUCCUCCUCAAGGAAAUCCCUGGAGCGUGAGACCUCUUUUACUUCUGGUGCUUGACCCAGUUCUGACAAAACCAUGGGAUUGCUUGAGCACUUGGUUCCAAAAUGAUGAUCGCAAUGCAUUUAGUGUUGCCCAUGAAAAGACACUUUGGGAGUACGCUGGCCAAGAUGGAAGGCUCAACAAUCUCUUUAAUGAAGCCAUGGCUAGUGAUAGCAUACUGGCUAGUAAGUUGGUUGUAAGCAAAUGUAAAGGCAUCUUUGAUGGGGUGAAUUCCUUGGUGGAUGUCGGGGGAGGCUUAGGAACUAUGGCCAAGGGCAUUGCUGAAGCAUUUCCCCACAUGGACUGCACUGUGUUUGAUCUCUCCCAUGUGGUUUCUGACUUGCAAGGCAGCAUGGGGACAGGGUUGGCCAUGAUAAUUCAUAACGAAUUUAAUUAG